AUGAUGGAAAAGGUUUUAAAGUUUUAAGUAGUCACAAAAGGAGAGAAAGUAAAUACCAUACAACCAUUGCUACCAACAAUUAAUUUCAAUUUCUCUGAAAAAUAAAAUAAUUACACAGAAAUUUUAGAUCAUUAAUAUAUUGGGAAUCGAUAUUGUGGAACUUAUCGUAGUAAUAGUUAGAAAAGAAAUCAGAUAAAAUCUAUAAGAAGAUCAAAAGGUGUAGGUUAUUCAUAGUUGAUUGAUAAUUAUAAAAAUACUAGUAGAUAAUCUUAGGAGAAUCCCUUUUAGACAGAAUUACUAAUAAAAUAAUUUUAAAAUAGUAGAACAAAAGAAUAGUCUACAGAGAGAUAGAGUACAUUGACAGAUUGUCCAUAACUUAAAUUUCAUACUAUAGAGGCUAUGACUAAAAAUAUAAGAUAUAAGUCAUAACCUAAGAAAACAGAGUAUAAUGAGACAGACAUUAAAAUUACUCCUUAUGUACAUUAGAAUAAAAGAUAUUAAUGUAUUGAUUAUUACUACAUUGUUUGA